AAGGCGGGCCUCUAGCCUUUCCACCAUAGCAACCUUGUCGUGCUUGCUCUGUGCAAGGGAAGACAGAAGAGAGUCAACAGCAGGCGCUGCACAGAAUCAGCAGGGUGUCUCCCGUCCUACCUGAUCAGAAUCUGCUUGGCAGAGAGGAUGUCUAAGAACAUUCCAGUAGCUGUGGUGACUGGCUCCAACAAAGGCAUUGGGCUGGCCAUCGUGCGGGCUCUAUGCAAGCAGUUCACUGGGGAUGUUUACCUGACUGCCCGGGACAUCGAACGGGGAAAGGAGGCAGUGGCCAAGCUGCAGGAAGAAGGUCUGAAGCCACAGUUCCACCAGCUGGACAUAAAUGACCUGCAGAGUAUCCGAACCCUACGCGAUUUCUUGAAGGAGAAGUAUGGAGGAUUAAAUGUGCUGGUCAACAAUGCAGGGAUUGCUUUCAAAGUGGAGGACACCACACCAUUUCCUACACAAGCAGAAGUGACCAUGAAAACGAACUUCUUUGCAACCAGAAAUAUUUGCAAUGAGUUAUUACCACUUAUUAAACCACAAGGAAGGGUAGUGAAUGUCUCCAGUGUCAUGAGUGUCCGGGCCUUGGCCAGGUGCAGCCCAGAACUACAGCAGAAGUUUCGGAGUGAGACAAUCACUGAAGAGGAACUAGUGAAACUCAUGGAAAAAUUUGUAGAAGACACCAAGAAGGGAGUGCAUGAGAAGGAGGGUUGGCCAAAUACAGCUUAUGGCGUGUCCAAAAUUGGGGUAACGGUUUUGUCCAGAAUUCAAGCAAGGCGGCUGAAUGAGACAAGGAAAGGUGAUGGUAUUCUCCUGAAUGCCUGUUGCCCUGGGUGGGUCAAGACUGACAUGGCAGGUCCUAAAGCCCCAAAAUCUCCUGAGGAGGGAGCUGAGACUCCAGUGUAUUUGGCCCUUUUACCCCCGGGAGCCGAUGGGCCCCACGGGCAGUUUGUUAGUGACAAAACGGUUCAACCUUGGUGAAUUUUGGCAUGUGCCCAAUUUUAUGGAGCUCCAUUCUAGUAGCGAUCAGACAGGCUCCUGCUCCCUACUGAGCCUCCAGUGCCUACUGAAGACUAAUUUUAUUCCAGCAGGCAUUUUAAUUGGAGUUUGCUUUUAUAGUUUUAACUGAUUUUUUUUUUGUUUUCUUUGUAAAUCACUUAAAGGCUAUUGUAGUGAAGUGUUAUAUAAAUUGUUUUAAUAAUAACUAACAAAUAAAAUAACUGGAGCUUAUCUGCCAUAUUUCAGCUGGCUCUUAAUGAGCAGAACUCUUGAUAAGAGGAGGAUGGAUUGAGUUUUUUUUAACCUUCCCUGUUGCUCUGUGGUCAGUUACAAUCACAAUAUUAAUUUAAACACUGUACUGCUCUGUACAACUUCACGUAAGGAAACAUGUGCAUCUCUCUCACACACAUACACAAACACCUCCUGUCGCUACUCCCAUGUGGUGUUUUUUUUUACAUCUCUAGUGCUCCCUUCACCGUUAAAAAAAUAGAGAUGCUGGGUGUUUAAAUCAGGGCCCAUGCCCUGUAACCCUAGGCGCCAGCUGUAGUUAUUCAAUGUGGAGGAAAAUACAGACAAUAGCCAACAUAGUUAAACAAAAUAAAAUAAAGAUCCCGGUCAUAUGAGCCCUUGCACUGAAAACCAGUUGCUGGCUAAAAUGACGCCCUAUAAUUAAUCUCUUAAUUCCUACUAUUUUGUUAUAUCCCUCCUGUAAAAAAAGAAGUGGAGCCAAAAGCUUGUUUUUCCUUCUUUUACAUCUCUACUACUUGUAAGAAUGCAAAACCACUUUGCAGGAGAAAUUAAAUGCAGAAAUCAGGCAAAUAGUAUUUUACAUGAACGUUUGUGAGAUUUGAAUAAAUUGUGAACUGUUACAAUGA